CCACCACCACCCUUAUCUGGCUGCUCUACUGUUCCUCUAUUCGCGCGAGGAGGCCGUUUACCGCGAUCAACACACCACCGACCUCGUCUAUGGCUCCCAAGGCGGACGCGCCUGAGACGGCGGAGCUCAUCGAGCUCUUCAAGAAGAUCGGACUAACGCAGUCCAAGGCGGCGGAGGCAGCCAAGAGCGCGAAGAGCGCGAGCACGCUCAAGGGCAUCAUCGAGUCGCAUGAUCUCGUCAACAAGGACUUGGACGAGAAGCAGGCUGUAUUGCUUGCGGCGCUCGCUGUGCAAGGAGCCAAGCUUGGGGAUGGGGAGCGGAGCUACGCUGUUGCUGGCAUCUUGGAUGGUCGCUUGAAGACGACCGACCAAGUCGCGGAGGCGGCUAAGUACCUCGAUGCACACCCCCUUCCUGUCGACGCGGCGGAUUUCAACAAGAGCACCGGUGUCGGUUUCAGCAUUACCGCUGAGCAACUCGCGGCCCGUGUAACCGAGUACAUCUCGUCCAGUGCAUACACAGGAUGGAACAAUUUGGGUGCCGCUAUCGGCGGUCUGAAGAAUACAGACCUUCGCUGGGCGAAUGCGCUUGAACUGAAGAACGCCGUGGAGAAGGCGUUCACAGAGAAAUUCGGGGCGAAGCAAAGCGGGAAGCCGGCCGCGAAGGAAGCGAAGAAAGAGCCUACCAAGGGCACCCCUGCUGUCACAUCCGAGCCAGGUCCCUCUGCGCCAUCGGCUCGUUCAGUCUUCGAGGAAGGCUUCCUUGGCCACCUGCACAAGGUUGGCGAAAACCCCCAAAUCCACCCCCAUCUACGCGAGCAGCACCUGUCUGCCACGAAGGGCAUUGUCCACACUCGAUUCCCUCCGGAGCCAAACGGCUUCCUGCACAUCGGCCAUUCAAAGGCGAUCUUCGUGAACUUCGGGUACGCCGCACAUCACGGUGGCCACUGUUAUCUCCGAUAUGACGAUACCAAUCCGGAAGCAGAGGAGGGAAGGUUCUUUGAGAGUAUUCUGGAGACUGUUCGAUGGCUUGGGUAUGAGCCUUGGAAGAUCACGUAUUCAAGCGACUACUUCGACAAGCUCUACGAGCUUGCCGUAGAAUUGAUCCGCCGAGACAAAGGAUAUGUCUGCCACUGCACAGCGGAGGAGAUUUUCGCGAACAGAGGUGGAGAGGAUCGUGGUCCUCGGAGAGCUUGCGCACACCGGACGAGACCCGUCGCGGAGUCUCUAGCAGAGUUCGAGAAAAUGAAGAACGGCGAAUACCAGCCCGGCCAGGCGAUCUUGAGAAUGAAGCAGGAUCUCGAGUCCGGAAACACGAUGAUGUGGGACUUGGUGGCCUAUCGUGUUCUCCUCACCCCUCAUCAUAGAACACACGACAAGUGGAAGAUCUAUCCAACAUAUGACUUUACGCACUGUCUGUGCGAUAGCUUCGAGAACAUCACCCACUCCCUAUGCACAACGGAGUUCAUCGCCUCCCGCGAGUCAUAUGAGUGGCUAUGUGAUGCUCUUGAGGUCUACAAGCCCCGUCAGUCCGAGUAUGGUCGGCUCAACCUUACUGGGACAAUCAUGUCAAAACGGAAGAUCCUCGCACUUGUCAAAGAGGGCCACGUUCGUGACUGGGAUGACCCCCGCCUGUACACCCUCAUCGCCCUUCGUCGUCGUGGUAUCCCGCCCGGUGCCAUCCUCUCAUUCGUUAGCGGACUGGGUGUCUCCACAGCACCCUCAAAUAUCCAGACCGUCCGCUUCGAGCAGGCAAUCAGGCAAUAUCUCGAAGGCAGUGUCUCUCGCCUGCUCAUGGUACUGCGUCCGCUGAAAGUUACCAUCGAGAACCUUCCCGAGGACUUCCUGUUGUGGCUCGAGAAGCCGCUUCACCCGAAGGUCCCGGAGCUGGGUGUUUCGAGGGUUCCCCUCACGCGUACAAUCUACAUCGACGCAGACGACUUCCGUUUGGAAGACUCCAAGGACUACUUUCGUCUCGCUCCGGGGAAGACAGUUGGUCUCUUCCAGGCCCCGUGGCCCGUCACCCAUGUCUCCCACAAAACUGAUCCCGCCACCGGUCAAGUCGUCGAGAUCGUCGUCCGCGCAGAGAACGAGGGCGCACCCAAGAAGCCCAAGGCAUUCAUCCAGUGGGUUGCAGAGCACCGGCCGUCGGGCAGCCCCGUUGUCGUCGACGAGACACGCAUCUUCCACCAGCUGUUCAAGAGCGAGAACCCGUCCGCGGCGGUGCCCGACUUCCGGGCGGACAUCAACCCGGACUCGCUCGAGGUCGUCAGGGGCGCGAUGGUCGAGGUCGGCUUCUGGAAUCUCGCAAAGAAGGCGUACGCGGACGCGAAGGCGGAGGGGAAGAAGCGCACGGACGAGGCACUGAAGAAGAGCGCGAGUGCCACGGGCCCCGUCGUCGAGGGCGCGCCGACGCACGAGCAUGACGACACGCCCAAGGCGACGAGCGAGCAGCUUGUCGGAAAGGAGGUGAUCAGGUUCCAGGGCUUGCGCGUGGCGUACUUUGCGGUGGACAAGGAGGCGAAGCUGGCGUGUCUCGAGGAUGGGAUCGACGCUGGUCGCAAGGAUGGAGAUUACCUUGUGCUGAACAGAAUCGUAAGCCUGAAGGAAGACUCGGGCAAGGCUGCAUAAAUCACAUAACGUAGAUGAACCAUGGCGUCAGUGUUGAAGUCCUCACGAGAUGUACAAUGCUUUUACUCCUGCUCGAGGGACGACGUUGGGGUCGUGAUACGGUGGCGCGACAUGUUCACACGCCGAUCCAGGGUGGCGCUGCUGUGAUGUUGUUCAGAGGUGCUUACAGGCUCUCGACACCAUGCAGCUAAGUAGCUAACCUUGGAUGCGGAACGACGGGUAUCUCGGACCUCACUUCGCUCUGUGCUCCUGUGCCUUGCCAGGUAUAGAUAUACUAUGUUGUCCUAAGAGCUUCAAGCAAAGGAUGAUCGACGCUUGCGGCUUGGAUGACGUUCUGUGUG